UCACAACUUCACUUCCGUCACCACUUCAACUGCAACGCCGCCUGCCAUUGCCGCCACGCCCACGCCCGAACCACGCCCAAUACCCCAUCGCAAUCAUGUCUGACAACGAGAACGGCGAGAACGGCGACGAGCUCGUAACCAAGCCCUUCAAGUUUGUCACUGGCUUCGAUGCCCGCUUCCCCAACCAGAACCAGACCAAGCACUGCUGGCAAAACUACGUCGACUACCACAAGUGCAUCAUCGCCAAGGGCGAGGACUUUGCCCCCUGCCGCCAGUUCAUGUUGGCCUACAAGUCUCUGUGCCCCAGCGGCUGGACAUCGCGAUGGGACGACCAGCGUGAGGCUGGCAACUUCCCCGUGAAGCUCGACCAGUAGAAAGUUCGCGACAACACCCAGCAUGCGACAGUUUCUUAGAGCAGGAUAUGAUUGGAUCAGAGUGGCAUCUGCAACUUAGAGCCCUGUAUCAUAGCGAUCGAUAUCAGCAAUGCGACUCUGGUUCAUCUA